GUAGUGCUGUGACUGUUCAGCCAGGAGCCUGCGCUCUCAAUUCAGACCCAAGAAGACAGGACGGGACACUGCACACUUCUGCAAAAGGAAAACACACUAUCUAAAGCUAAAUUGCAGCAAUUUAGGACAACGGCAGCAAUGAAGACAACACUGGCAGCUCUGACUCUCUGCAUGGUGGUGCUCAUGGCCACAGGUUUCCCUUUCGAGAGGAAAGGGGGAUCACCCUCCGGCAGUGCUGCCAAGGAGAAGCGCGUACAGUACGCAGCGUGGGAUGAUGUAAAUGUCAUUGCCCAUGGCCUGCUGCAGCUGGGCCAGGGGCUGAAGGAGCAUGUGGACAAAACCAAAGUCCAGAUGAGGGACAUUUCCAGCAAGCUGAAGGUCUUCAAUCGCACUGUGACCGAGCUGGGGAAGGAAAGCCAGAAGCUGAGAGUGGAGGGGGAGGCCCUGAAGGCUCGGGCCCAGGGACUGGAGGACAGAGAGGGGCAGCUGCUGAAUGUCACAGCCGAGCUGAGGGAGAAGGCGGAGGAGAUGCAGCAGGAGAGGAGGACGAUGAGCGAGAGGGUGAGCCGGAUUGAGGAGAAGGUGGACAGCAUGCUGCAGGGAGACGCGGUGCUGCCGGACACGAACGCUGGUGCCAAGAACAACAGUGAUGCUCGCAACAUCCAGCUGAUGCUGGAGGCUCAGAACAGACGCAUUGAUGAUCUGGUGGAGCGGAUCAGACUCCAGCAGGAGAAACUCGACAAGCAGAAUGUGCGCAUCAGGACGCUGCAAAGUCAGAUCCAACUGUCACGACAUAGACCAGCCCCGCGGAGCAGCAACACUGACGGCUCCAUGCAAAGUGGCGUAGCGGAGCAACGCGACUCACCAGUCGAGAUGGCAUCAGACUGUCAUGAGCUGUUCCUGAGAGGAGAGACCACUAGCGGGGUCUACACCAUCCAGCCAAUAAAUUCAGAGCCCUUUAAAGUCUUCUGUGAGAUGACAGCUGAUGGCGGAUGGACAGUAAUCCAAAGGCGCCAAGAUGGCUCAGUGGACUUUGACCAGCUAUGGCAGGCCUACGAGAAAGGCUUUGGCAGCCUGAAUGGAGAGUUCUGGUUGGGUCUAGAAAAGAUCCACUCCAUUGCUAAAGAUGGUGGCUACAUCCUCAACAUCAAGCUCUCCGACUGGGGUGAUGACUUAGCGUCUAUCCGCCUCCCCUUCCGUCUGGGCGGUGAGGAAACCAAGUACUCGCUCCAGAUUCAGGAGGCCGGCGCUUUCAGUGCCUUGGAAAGCUCCCUGGGGACUGACGCCACCUCCGGCCUGCCUUUUUCCACCAGCGACCAAGACAACGACCUGAAAAAUGACACCAACUGUGCCAAGCAUCUCUCAGGUGGCUGGUGGUUCAGUAACUGCGGACGCUCCAACCUAAACGGUAGAUACUUUCAGAGCCCUCCUCCCAAGCAGCGGCACCAGAGGAAGCAGGGCAUCUUCUGGAAGUCCUGGAGGGGCCGCUACUACCCUCUGAAGUCCAGCAUGGUGAUGAUCGCCCCUGCUGCAAUCGAAAACAAGUCAUAAAGAAUAGAAGAGACAGAUAGAAAAAGUCAAGACAAAGAGAAUGGGGGAGAAAGAAGUAGAUUUUGGACUAUUCCUUCUUUUCUUGGUGCUUAGUUGAUGAGGUAGAGGUUUCCACUUUCCCUGUUUGCCUCCCUGCGAGGAAAUAGAAGCAAAAAGACCUCACAUUAAAUGAGUUCCAGGUUUCCACUGCUCUGUGCUCUUGAAAGAUGAGCAGAUUUCUCCCCUGCACCUAGAGCCACAGAUGGAAAAAGAGAUCAAAGGUACAGUGGCAAAUUUUUCACAUGUUGUACCACUGCAGUUGAUUCCUUCUGUUGGCACGAAGCAGGAGCCCCUAGUCAGGAGAGCGUCACAGGGCGAGCCCCGGCCCGUCCACUGUGCUGUAAGCCACAAAGGAUUUCCAACAAGUCGAGACUCGUCACCAGAUUUGUGGUUUCAACUGUGUAUGAGGGCUGUUGUUGAGUUUAAAUGUGGUUUUGUAGCAAGUGAACCGAAUUGUCAGCUCAAAAAUAGAUUAAGAAUUGUUCUUAUUUAGUAAAGGAUGCAUGUAGGAAUGAAAUGCAGGCCAAUUAAGCAACCUUUUAAACCUAAUGGUGCGGACCAUGGUGACUUAAUUAAAACUCAUUUUCCACAUGAACAUGAUGAGAUAAGUGUUCAAAAGCAUUAUGUAAAGUUAUAAAUCACUGUAAACUAGGAUUACGUUGCAGACUGAUGUUGGAAAGCAGUUCGUGGGGCACUGAAAACCAUUUCAGCCUUUUGUACAAUAUAUUUUCUGCCUGCAAUUUUGAAUCAAAUUAAGCAUAUUCUUCACUAACUUAAAUUUUUCUGUGGAGACUUUGAUGAUGUUAAGUCAUAUUGACUUCUUUUAAGAUGAAGGACAUGGUUUUGUACAUAGUUUAUGAAGGAAUGUCAUCUGUCUUUAUAUUAUAUAACUGUUACUGAGUUAUCUGUUGUCCUCGUGACUUGAGAGUUUGUUAUUGUAGAUGUUCCCUUUUCUUAUUUAAAUACCGUAAAGAAUCAAUAUAUAUAUUUCUGGUGCUGCCUGUUUGUAAUUUAUAUUGUCUUUGUUGUGUUUGCCAGAUGUAAAAUUGUUUUUUUUAAAUAGAAAAUAACCAUUUUAUGGCCAUAAUGAGCCAAUAAAAUUGAUUUAAACUAA